CAAGCCUUCGCUCCAUGGACUAAGCUUCAGAAAAUUUUUCAUUAAAAACCACACAACAUUAUUUCGGGUCGAGUUAUCAUUCGAAUCACACAUAUAAACUAGACUCUAUAAAAAAAAAUCAACAAUUUUCCCACUUGGAGACUAGUUGAAACACCAACACUUAGCCAAGCAGUAAGUUAGGCGCCGGGUAGAAGGGAGGACGCCGACGCCGACGCCGACGCAGGGGAGCAGUUGAGGCGACGCAGGGCUGGGGAGACAGAUUGGGCGGCGCCAGACUGGCCACGUGCUCAGGAUUUGGGCGGCAAACUUCUGGCGCAGGGCGCCGGCGCCAGACACUGGGCUGGCUGGGUGCUGACUGUAGAGGGCGACGCCUAAAGACUGGAGACUGCUGUGGUGGGCGCCGCCUUGAGGUUUGUCGUGGGCGGCGCCUCACUGCUGCUUUGCUGAAGGAUGGCGGUCGAUGGGAGCUAAUAAGGGGAUUGGAUUAGAAAUAUGUAGACAAUUAGCCUCAAGUGGAGUUAUUGUGGUAUUAACUGCUAGAGAUGAGAAACGUGGCAUUGAAGCUGUGGAGAAACUUCAAACUUCUGGACUUUCAGAUGUAUUUUUCCAUCACCUUGAUGUCAUGCACCCAACUAGCGUUGCUUCCUUGGCAGAUUUUAUCAAGACACAAUUUGGGAAGCUUGACAUACUGGUAAAUAAUGCAGCAAUUACUGGAGUAGUUAUCGAUGAGGAAGCUCGAAAAGAUUUAAAACUUGGGCCUGAUGACGUUGUAGGUGACAAGGCUAAAUUGCUCAAGGAAGUUAUUAAGGAAGGUUACGAGGGGAUAGAAGCCUGUAUAAGAACAAACUAUUAUGGUGUUAAGAAAGUGACAAAAGAGCUUUUAUCUCUUCUUCAUCAAUCAAAUUCAGCCAGACUUGUUAAUGUCUCCGCUACAUUGGGGCAGCUUCAGUUUAUGUCUCAUGAAAGAGCUAAGGAGAAGCUAGGAGAUGUUAAUGGGCUCACAGAAGAGAAAGUGGAUGAGGUGGUGAAGGAAUAUUUGAAGGAUGCAAAGGAGAGAUUGUUGGAAACUAAAGGAUGGCCUACAAAUUUAUCUGCUUAUACGGUCUCCAAAGCCAGCUCUUAACGCCUACACAAGGGUUUUGGCAAAGGCAUAUCCCAAUAUUGCCAUAAAUGCAAUAUGUCCCGGAUAUGUGAAAACAGAAAUAAAUUAUAAUACUGGGAUAUUGACUGUUGAAGAAGGUGCAAAAGGUCCUGUGAUGCUAGCUCUUAUGCCUCAUGGUGGCCCUUCAGGCCUGUUUUUUAGUAGCACGGAAGUAUCAAUCUUUUAAUAGAUAAAAUGUGGUAGAAUUUGGAAUGAGGGUUUAGAUAUCGAUCUAUGUAUUUAUAAGGCCCUAGAGGAGAAAUAAAGCUCAGCUGCUACUUGAUUUUAUUUUUUAUUGGCCUUAGAAGCUCCUCAUGUGUGUAUAUAUAUACUAUGUGUGUGCGUGUAUGCAUAUGAAACUGUUCCUAUAUGUGAGGGUAAAACUCAAGAUGUCAGCAUAUAUCUUCCAUAUUUGCAUAGUCAACACGGAGA